CAUCUCUUUCCAUCUCAUGCCCUAAACCCUCGCCGACGAUCCUCACCUCACUCCCGGUUUCGCCUAAAACCAUCACCAGUUAGAGCUAACUAGGAAGGUAACGACUGGAUCGCGGCGUACAAAGACCUCCGAAACUCCAAUCUUUCUCCUCCUUCCGGUUCGCUCCUGCCAGAGACAAUCGAGGAAGGCCUUUAGCUUCCAGCUGAGGAGAGAUGAAGGUGAAGGUCAUAUCUCGUUCCACAGACGAAUUCACCCGAGAGCGGAGCCAAGACCUUCAGAAAGUUUUUCGAAAUUAUGAUCCGAAUCUUCGGACUCAAGAAAAGGCUGUUGAAUAUACGAGAGCUUUAAAUGCUGCUAAGUUGGAGAAGAUUUUUGCUAGACCAUUUGUUGGAGCAUUGGAGGGGCACAUAGAUGCUGUAUCCUGCAUGGCAAAAAAUCCAAAUCAUUUAAAAGGAAUUUUUUCUGGCUCAAUGGAUGGAGAUGUUCGUCUUUGGGAUUUAGCCAACAGGAAAACAGUUUGUCAAUCGCUUUGGGUUCCGAGUUUAAGGCUUUGGAAUGUCCCUGACUACAGAAACAAGAGUCCAAAUGAUUCAGCAGCUAUGGUGCCAGCAGCAGUCUAUGUAUGGAAACACGCCUUCUGGGGUGUUGAUCACCAGUGGGGUGGGAAUCUCUUUGCAACAGUUGGUGCACAGGUGGAUAUAUGGGAUCAUGAAAGAUCAGAGCCAGUGAAUACCUAUAAGUGGGGAAAUGAUACAGUUAUAUCCGUGAGAUUUAAUCCUGGUGAACCAGAUAUGCUUGCGACCUCUUCUAGCGAUCGUAGCAUAAUUUUGUACGAUUUACGUAUGUCUUCACCGGCCAGGAAAUUAAUUAUGAAGACAAGAUGUAAUUCUUUAUCCUGGAAUCCCAUGGAGCCCAUGAAUUUCACAGCUGCAAAUGAAGAUACCAACUGCUAUAGCUAUGAUGCCAGGAAACUGGAUGAAGCUAAAUGUGUUCAUGGUGAUCAUGUUUCUGCAGUGAUGGAUAUUGAUUACUCACCCACUGGUAGGGAGUUUGUAACUGGAUCUUAUGAUAGAACAGUAAGAAUAUUCAAUUACAAUGGGGAUCAUAGCAAGGAAAUCUACCAUACAAAGAGGAUGCAAAGGGUUUUCUGCGUAAAGUACAGCUGUGAUGGAACUUAUGUUAUUUCUGGCAGCGAUGAUACUAACCUUCGGCUAUGGAAAGCUAAAGCUUCUGAGCAAUUGGGAGUU